GAGCAUCACCAUCACGAUCAACACUCCUCACCCCCCCCCUUCCCCUUACUCUAAGAUCCCUUAUACCAUAGUCAUCCAUCUCGACCACCUCUCCAGGGCGGCCACGCCCGCAAUCAUACCUUCGACAUGAAUCUUUCAUUACUCGACCCGUUCACUCUUGCUCAGGAUUACCCUGAGUCCCUCUCAUCGGAGCUCCGAUCGGGCCAUUCAACAUGUGUUUGUCUCUCCCUAGCUCCCUUAGCUACUUCCUUUGCCUUCCUCCUGAGUCACCUUAAAAUCUGAAGCUAGGGGUUUCUGACGCAUGCACGUUUGUACUACAGGUUCGGUUCAACCGAAAAGGAGAUCUAAUCGCCUCCGGAAGGGUAUGACUCUACCACCCAAACUCCUCGCCUUAAACAACCUAACCAAACCUCCCGCGUCUGCUUAGCUGGAUGGCACAGUGGUCCUCUUUGACGUCGAGACAAAUGGCCUCGCCCGCUAUCUCCGUGGCCACGUUCGCGGAAUUCAAUCGCUCAGUUGGUCUCAGGACGGCAUUUUUCUCGCCAGCGCUUCACAAGAUUUCAAAGUAAUUAUUUGGGACCUUUCGAAACAAGGAGAGGGGGCAUCACGAACCAUACGUUUUCCCGCUCCUGUCUACUGCGCCGAACUUCACCCAAAAAACUCGUGAGGCUUUUUGAGAAUCCCCGAUCACUCCUUCUCACUCUAACAAUUACGCUAGGAAUAUUUUCGUUUGUGCCCUGUUCGAAGAUUCACCUUACCUUGUAGAUAUAUCCGGCGACGUGCCGAAAAAAUACCAACUUACAAGCGCGCCCAAACGGCCGUUACAGCCAGGUGCAGAAGAGGGGGAGAUUGACGAAAAGCGGGCUGCAGCUGAUGCGAAACAAAUGACUACAGCAGCCGUAUUCACCGCUACUGGUGACCAUAUCAUUACCGGAUCCAACAAAGGAUGGGUGAACGUAAUCUCCACCACUACAAAGGAGAUGAUCCACUCUACCCGGAUCACCUCUGGUUGUAUUACUUACAUUAGGCUCACAAUGUCCGGUAGAAACAUGGUUGUAAAUGCCAAUGAUCGGGUCUUGAGAUCCAUCAAUAUCCCCGAUAACCUUAAAGAGGGUGUUGGUGGUAACGACAUUCGACUCAUUGUAGAGCAUAAAUUUCAAGAUGUCGUCAACAGGCUACUAUGGAACCACUGCACCUUUUCCGGGAACGGUGAAUACCUAACUGCGACAACCUUCAAAAACCAUGACAUCUACAUCUGGGAAAGAAGCACUGGCGUUCUCGCCAAAAUCCUAGAAGGCCCAAAGGAAGAACUAGGCACAGUAGAGGUAACUUUCCGUCCCAUCUAGCCCAACCCAAGCGAUCGCACCGUCUCACCUUAAUACUAGUGGCACCCAACCCGCCCCCUCAUUGCCUCGACCGGUCUCGAGAGCGGCAAAAUCUUCAUCUGGGCAACAUCCAAUCCCCAGCGCUGGUCAGCUCUAGCCCCGGACUUCCGCGAAUUGGAAGAAAAUAUCGAAUACCAAGAGCGCGAAGACGAGUUCGACAUACACCUGAAAUGGGACCUCACGAAGCGCAAACUGCAUCAAGAAAACGAAAUCGUAGACGCGGUGACCAUCGAACGGGCGAGAGGUGAAGUCGAAGACGGGUGGAAUAUGCCAGUCGUGUUGGAUCUCGAAGAUACCGAGAGCGAGUGUGAUUCUCCGCCUCCUCUCGGGCCGGGAGAGAGGAAGAGGAAGAGCCCUGUGCCCCCGAAGGCGAAUGGGAAUAAUGCAGGUGUUAAUGGGAAUGGCACGGGCAGUACGAGGUCGAAAAGACGGAGGGCUGAUUAGGGUUUCUGUGAUUAUUCUCUUGAGUUGUUUCUUGUGGGCUACGGAUCGCGAGCGGAGUUGGCCGGGUUUUGCUUUGCCUUGAUCUUUUUGUUUAAAGCUGUCUGAGUAAUGGGCGGGGGGGUUAAUCUGAUAGUUAUAGUAUACGGAUUGGUAAAGGUGUUUGCUGAACACUGCAGUAUUAUACAACUUAGCUCUCAGCCUUCCUAAACGGCAAUCGUACCAAUAUUAUACCUUUCGGUUUACGGAAUGCUUGUACUAUAAAAUUUUGCUGAAGAGAGUCCACAGCCGACGCAAAUAUAGCAAUUUUGGUAACGUCUCGCUAGCCUAACCCUAAAAACUCAUCACGCUAUCUUUGCAACACCAGCACUGAUCAAGCCCCCGAGGAAGUCAAACCCUGCUCCCAAGAACUCUCUCUCUGCUCAAAACAGCUCCCUGCUAACUAGUAGACCUAUCCCGCGCAUAUAGUACCCCCCACUCAGUACCCUCUCAGAAUACCAUAUCCCCCCCUCCCCUGCUCUCGCCCCGUAUCAUGCUAGCCCAAGCAACUAACCCAGCACUCAACAAGCUAUGCCUGAGAACUGUACUCGAGUACCCACUGCACAUACCCCGCCAAGCACGAUUCACCUCAUACCAAGCCAAACCAAAUUUGAAAGAAAAAAAACACAGAGAAAGAGCGAAUAGGGUUCGAAUAAUACCGCACUUUGCCAUAUUGUAAACAACUGAUACCGCACCGUAAGUCACACCUAUAAGGCGCGAUACCAGAAAACCGCAUCUCGCACUACAAAAUCCGAUGCCCGGUACGGUAUCUCCUGCUCCGGGAGUCUGCGUUGCAGAAGGUGCCGAUAAAUUAGAAAAGCGGAUCUUAGAUCGCCGGCCCGUAGAGAUUGGGGGACAGUAAGGCGGAAGACUUAAGAUGGAUCCAGUAGCAUACGAGGAGGAUUGUGUGCAGGGUGAUGCCGCUGGGGAGGGGCCAAGCUGGAUCCACGAUACUCCCCUGCGUAGGUGUAGCUCCCGAACGCGAUUGACAGACGAGUGAUGAGCUGUGAUGGUCCUUUGUUGUCAAGUGACACAUUAUGGGAGGAUGAGAAUUUUUGAUAAAUGUGCUGCUUCCGGGUGCAUGAGAACGGGGCUUCGUC